CGCUGAUGUGAGUCAAUCAAGCCCAACCCAUUUGACUUGGCUGUACUUAAGGCUCGCCCUCGUUGUCCAACCGAUUGCGGUUUUCUUUCCUUUUUGACAAAUAUUUUCUGGCAACUGGAAGUGUGUCAGAUGUUAGUUAUUUGCCAUGAGUGACUGGUCAUACCUGUCCAAACUUCUCCACAAGGUCCAGGCUCAUUCCACUGUGGUAGGAAAGAUCUGGAUGAGUGUCCUCUUCAUCUUCAGGAUCUUUGUACUGGGCGCUGCCGCAGACAACGUUUGGGGGGAUGAAUUGUCCGAGUUCUACUGCGACUCGAAAGAACCAGGAUGUACAAACUCCUGCUAUAACUGGAUGUUCCCCAUGUCGUAUGUGCAUUACUGGGUGCUCCAAAUCACAUUUGUGUCAACGCCCACCCUGGUCUACCUUGGCCAUGCUGUCCUCAUCAUCCACAAGGAGAAGAAAAUGAUAGAGCUGGAGCAGAGCAAAAUAAAUGGAACUGCAUUGAAGACACCUAAGUACACAGAUGAAAGAGGGAAGGUUAAAAUUAAAGGCAUCUUGUUUUACACAUACAUGACCCAGCUGGUGUUCAAGAUAAUCCUGGAGGUGGGCUUCACCAUUGGACAAUUCUAUGUCUUUGGCCCUCUUAAAGUUGUGUCCAAUUUCCAUUGUAAGAAUUCACCGCCUUGUGCUCUUGAGAGCGGUUCCAGGUGUUAUAUUUCUCGUCCCACAGAGAAGACCAUCUUCAUCUUCUUCAUGCUUGCCGUUUCUGGUAUUUCAGUGCUCCUCAACAUUGUUGAGAUUGUGUACCUGCUGUGCAACAAAGGGCAAAGGGCAAAGAGACAGCUCGCAGCGCAGUCUCAUGUGCUCACUGCAAAGCCGUGUGCACCGACCACGCCGGCAUGGGGAGCCGUGAGAAACCAGUAUGGAGGUUACCCUCUGUUGCCGGUACAUUCUCAGGUCACCACGUGCUUAAGCAGUGAUAACAGUCACAUCCACGCAGAGUGAAAAUAAGGACAACUCAUGAAACCUUCACGGUUGAAUGAAGGCAGUUCAUUUUUUUUCAUUUGAAUCUUUUGUAUUCAUUGUGAUGUGGCAAAUAAAGUGCUUUAAUGAAUGUGUGGGCUCUACAA